UUUUCCAAUGAGAACACUGUCACAAAUUAUUGGAUCAGCCCAAUACUUUAGAUCGAUUUCCCCACAGAACGAGAAUGCGUCAUGUGACCGAAUCAGCUGAUCUGGAAAAAGAGCCGUUGGUGACGCCUCGUGUGACGCAUGGCUUACGCUACGGUACGCCAUUUGUGUCUAGCAGCAAAAAGCGCGGACAGUGGAAAUAGUCGUAUAACAAGAGUUUGAUCCAGCUCUGAUGAUAGUGUUCAACGUCACCUUCGUAUGAUCAUAGCGGGCUAUGAAAUGGAUAAAGCAUUGACAUCAGGAAAGGAGGCUGAUGGGGACAAAGGUGCUGACGAUGACCCCAGUGGGAAGGUGCAGCCAGGUGACGUGGAAAUGGAGGAAACCCAAAGUGACUCACCUGGUGGGGCCGCCAAGUCCAAUGAAGCAGAGGAGGAGGUUACUGCGACGAUACCGCGGCCGGACUCCGUACCAGUAGAGGGGGAUAAUCUCUGCGCUGUUUGUGGCUUCUCAGCCAAAUGUCCAAGAUCACUGAAGAUCCACUUUUCAAGAAAGCACGGAAAGACUUCAAAGAAUACCAAGAGAACUGCAAAGCCAGCUGAAGAGCAUGUGUCAGACGGAAGUCCAGCUGAAAUCAAACCGGAAGUGGACAUGGAGACUGAGGGUGCCGCUGAAGUGCAACAAAGUCGGGAGCCCGAUCUCGGCGAGUCGAGAUUGGCAGCCGAUGACGAUGGCGGCAACGCAACUAGUUUAACCAAAAAGGCAACUGCGUUGGACAAAGAGCAGGCGGAUCAAGAGGGGGCAGUCCCCUCCCAAGAGAGAAGAGUAAGCAAGAGAACCCCCAAACCCAAGAUGAUAUAUUCAUGCAACUUCUGUGGACAAGAGUUUCGCGACAAGUCCCCUCUGGAUGUGCACAUCCAGAGCUACCACACCAAAGACACCCCGUACACGUUUGAGGCCGGCGAGAACAUGGACCAAGAGAAGAAGGCCGAGAAUCCUGUCGGCACCCCGAAGGCGGCUCCGACCAGAGUGGCCCCGAAACGUGCGUUCAGCAGGUUCCAGCUCAAGUGUUCGCACUGCGACUUCAGGGUCAGCAACCCCGCGCUGCUGGAAAACCACACGAGGAUAAAACACCUGAACCAGGAGUGGUACCGCUGCAAAUUGUGCAACUUCCUCUCGGCCACCUCCGAGUGGAUGGACGCUCACCUGUGCUCGGACGCUCACGUGCAGCAGCAGAAGGGAGAGAAAAGCAGCGACGGCGCCUCGUUUGACCUCUACGUCGAGAGCGUGAGGGGCGGCGGCGUCGAGGAGCUCGCCGCGGUGGAGGACCUGGCGGAGGUGUCUCGUGGAGGGGGCGCGGCGGCUCCGACGGAGGGUGCCCAGAAAUCCGAGGCGGCCUCCGCAGCCGCGUCGGUUGAGGAAGAAGAUUCGGAGCUCGAGCCCCCCAGAAAGAAGAGAGGCAGACCGAAACAAGGGUCCUCCACCACUUGUGGGUACUGUGGCCUGGUCGUGUCCAACGCCACCAACCUCACCGUCCACGUCCGCCGCAAGCACAGCAAGGAGUAUGGCUACAGCUGCACUCUGUGCAACUACAGCUGCGUGACCAAAGGGGACAUGGAUCGCCACUGCAUCACUCAGAAACACGUGAGGCGGGCGCAGGAGUGCGCUCAGCAACAACAACACAACAGCAGCAGCAGCGGCAACAAUUGCAUGAGUGCGUCAUCGCAGGAAUCCGCCGACGAAUCAAAGGCUGAUUCUGCAAAGCUGCGGCGGGGAUUGUACCAACCGCCGUCGGACUCGAGCCCGAAAAAGAGUAAAUACGACUCGGUCGGCGCUUGCAGCUCUUGCGAUUUCGUCGCCCAGUCGAUCCCCUCGCUCCAUCUUCACGUCAAGAGAAAGCACACCAAAGAUUUUGAGUACGUCUGCCUGGCGUGUUGCUACUACGCCGUAACGAGCAGGGAAAUGUCUCGCCACGCCUUCACAGAGAAGCACAAGCAGAAGAGCCAGAGGUACCUGGAGCCGCUCGGCAGCGAGGAGCGGAAAGCGUCGACGCUCCCUUCUGAAGAGGUCGCCGAGCUAGCGGAGGCCGACCCUGAUCCUGAAAGUGAGUGCAUCGGCCCGACAGAGGGGUUCGAGUCUCGCUCCACAGACGGCCGAGCCGCCGACGGUCCAAACGCCGAGCCCGUCGCCGCCGCCGAGAAGCGGGAAGAGUGCGCCUCGUCCCCCAGUAGCGGUGAAGCCGAUCCAACCAACGAUGCCGCGGGAGCCGCGGAGGUGUGUGAACCCCAGCAGGCUCCGGCGGAGGAGGAGGAGGAGGAGGAGGAGGCGGCGGAGGAGGAGGAUCGGUCCACGCGGCUGAAGAGCCGGGUGGAGGCGGCCCCAAACGCAGCCGAGGGGCUUUCCGACGCGGAAAGUGAAACCUCCCCCUCCGACACGCAAAUAUCCAGCGCUCUUCCCUACGACGCCUGCAUCGUGUCCAUGAAGGCCCUCGCCGAGCAGGAGCAGCAGAUGCAGGCUCAAGACCUGGCCCAGGAGGGCGAGGCGGCCGCCGCUUGUCUGACCGGAGGGGCGCCGACGCCCGCCGGCUUCCUGUCCCACGACUCGGCGUACAUCAGGAAGCUCCGGCGCAAGAUAAUGAUGGUGAGCGCGGAGGACAACCGAAGCAGCGCGCGCAUCCGCUGCGAGGACUGCGGCUUCAUGGCCGACGGCGUCAGCGGCCUCAACGUCCACAUCUCCAUGAAGCACCCGUCCAAGGAGAAGCACUUCCACUGCCUGGUGUGCGGCAAGUCGUUCUACACCGAGAGCAACCUGCACCAGCACCUGACCAGCGCCGCCCACCUGCGCAACGAGCGCAACAGCGUGGAGGCGCUGCCCGAGGGCGGCGCCAGCUUCAAGUGCGUGAAGUGCACGGACCGCUUCGGCACGGAGCAGGACCUGUUCGUUCACAUCAAGGAGAAGCACGAGGAGCUCCUGAGGGAGGUCAACAAGUACGUGCUGGAGGACACCGAGCAGAUAAACCGCGAGCGCGAGGAGAACCAGGGCAGCGUGUGCAAGUACUGCGGCAAGGUGUGCAAGAGCAGCAACUCCAUGGCCUUCCUGGCACACAUUCGCACGCACACCGGAUCCAAGCCCUUCAUGUGUAAGAUCUGCAACUUUGCCACCGCUCAGCUGGGCGACGCCAGGAACCACGUGAAGAGACACCUCGGCAUGAGAGAGUACAAGUGCGACAUCUGUGGAUGGGCCUUUGUGAUGAAGAAACACCUCAGCACACACCUGCUGGGAAAACAUGGAGUGGGACAGCGUAAAGAGAGGAAGUUUGAGUGCGAGUUGUGCGAUCGCUCCUUCAGUGAAAAAUGGGCCCUGAACAACCACAUGAAACUGCACAGUGGGGAGAAACCAUAUAAGUGUGCCUGGCCUUCUUGCCACUACGCCUUCCUCAACCUGUCAGCCAUGAAGGACCACUACAGGACGCACACAGGAGAGAAGUCUUAUCUGUGCGACCUGUGCGGUUUCGCCGGAGGCACAAAACACGCCCUCACCAAACACCGGCGCCAACACACGGGAGAGAGACCCUUCAAGUGUAAGAUCUGCAACUUCGCCUCCACCACGCAGUCCCACCUAUCGCGGCACAAGCGUGUCCACACGGGGGAGAAACCGUACCGCUGCCCCUGGUGCGACUACAGAUCCAACUGUGCCGAGAACAUCCGGAAGCACAUUCUCCACACCGGCAAACACGAGGGCGUGAAGAUGUACAAUUGCCCCAAAUGCAACCAUGCCACCAACUCUCCCAUGGAGUUCCGCAACCACCUGAAGGCCAGUCACCCUGACAUCGAGAACCCGGACCUCGCCUACCUGCAUGCAGGUAUCGUGUCCAAGUCUUUCGAGUGCCGGCUGAAGGGUCAGGGCGCUGCGUUCGUGGAAUCUGAGGCCGUGGACUCCCCCCCGCACAACAAGGACUCGUCGGAGGCGCCCGUCCACGACGAGCAGGUCCAGCAGGUCAUCAUCAUCCAGGGCUACAGCGACGAGGAGGUGACCAUCGACCAGGCCCUGGAGGAGUCGGCCGCCGCCACCUUGCAGACGCUGGCCAUGGCCGGCCAGGUGGCCGAGGUGCUCCACAUCACCGAGGACGGACAGUUCAUAGCCUCGGGCAGGGAGGUGGCGUCGGCGGGGGCCCACCUGGCCGGAGGCAGCACCCAGUACGUGGUGCUGGAGUCCGGGGAGGCCCGGAAAGAGCUGCGGGCUUUGGCCAGAAGGGGGGGGGCGAGCCACAUGGUCUCGGAGUCGUCCACAGCCCUCGAUGCUCUGCUCAGCGCCGUCAGCGAAAUGGGCCAGCACGAGGACCACGCCCUGCGCGCCGAGGCCGCGCAGCCGGAGGUGAAGCGGGACCACGGCGCGGUGCAGGUCCUCCAGCAGGCGAGCCAGGAGGGGAUGCAGGAGGUGCUGCAGCUCGCCGCCUCCCAGAUGAUGAAGGAAGGUCUGACCCAGGUCAUCGUCAACGACGAAGGGACGCACUACAUCGUGACGGAGCUGGACAACUGCACCUUGCAGGUGGAGGGAGGCGUGUAUGCAGAGGCCGGGGCGGCCGACGGGGAGGUGGAGCAGGCGGAGCCGCAGGCCGGGGAAGAGAUGGUGGUCUAUCUGGAUGGGACCCCUCACAACGUAGUGAUGGAAGGCUAGCGGAGGGAGGCGCACACACACUCCACGUCUCAGUUGCCCUUCGUUCGGAUGAAGCUCACAUAUUCCUUCAUCACUUCUGUUGUCGGUUGGCUUUUGUUUCCGACGAUGUUCAGUUCGGCUCCGCUGAACUCAGGUUAAACAUCUUUCAGUGAGAGGGACAGUGGGGAAACUGCUUCUGGUGCCCAGUGAGUGAACUUGCAAUCCUCACAUCCAGCAGAACUACGUUAUCCCCUAAUGCCAAUUUAAGGAAAUUAAUAUAUUUCCUCCGGAAAUAAAUGUGUUAAAAUGGCUCUUAUAUUAUGGGAGUCACGAUGAAGCAAAAUAUCUAUUGUGCUUUUUUUUUCUUCUAAGUCUAAUUUUGACUACGACACAAUUAUUCAUUCUUGUUUAUUCUUUUCCAUAGUGUGUAGAGAUAUAGUAUUACUAGUUAUGAAACUAGUUUUUCACAAAAAAACUCCGAAAUAGAUCUUACAGAUGAUUUAUAUGUAAUGAAACUAGUUGAUAAUUACGUAUCAGCUGCUUGUAAGUUCCACUUUUGGGAAACCUCUAUUCAUUAUUUGUGAAAUUUCAAUAAAAAGUGAGUAAUUUUUAACAA